UGAUUGACAUGAUCAAACAGCCCGCUCCUCCCCCUGAUGACAGCCCUCACUGCUGUCUCCGCACGCAGCUAUUUGAUUAAUGCCAGAUUAUAAAACACUCAUUUCCAAAAAAAAAAGAAUAGAGUCUGACUGUCAAUAACAAUGCGGGACAUCUGAUCACCCUACGUAUAAAGUGCACUAUAUCCGUGACAGGGAACGAUUUCGAACAAAGCUUGGGAUUGACCUGAUGAGAAACGCGUCCCUCACGUACACGUCAUCAUUCUGCGCCGUUACUUUGGCAACAUUUGUGUUUAUGCGCCUGUACACUCGUCCAUGGUCCAUAGGGGAAGACUUUUGGAUUCAAAUAAAAAGAAAUGCGCAAAAUAAGCACGGACACGUUGUGGGGCCUGGCAGCAGCCGAGGUCCAGAACCGGAACAGCAACACCAGUGAGGACCAUGGUGGUGGUGAUGGAGCUGUCAGCCAGAGAACCGUGUUCAUAGUGGGGAGCAAGACCGGGGGAAAAACAUCCAUUCUUCUGAGAUGUCUUGACAGGGAUGAAGCAACCAAGCCAACGCUGGCUCUGGAGUAUACGUUUGGACGACGAGCCCGAGGACAUAACACACCCAAAGACAUAGCCCACCUGUGGGAGCUGGGAGGGGGGACCUCCCUCUCGGACCUGGUCCAAAUCCCCAUCACUCCUCUUAGUAUCAGAUCUCUGUCUCUCAUCCUAGUCCUGGACUUGUCUCAACCCAGCAGACUGUGGAGGACCAUGGAAACCCUUCUUCAGGCAGCACAUACCCAGCUAGGGAAGGCCUGCUCCCAGACUCAGGCCCAUGCCGGGGCCAAGCACAAGGCGAGCAGCUUUCAACCAGCAGCGCGAGUGUUGCCCAAAGAUUAUCCUGACAGAGAGCUUCUGAGUCCCUUUCCUGUUCCUCUGCUCAUCAUUGGCAGCAAAUAUGACCUUUUCUUGGAGUUGGAGUCUGAUAAGAGGAAAGUGGUCAGUAAGACGUUGCGCUUUAUCGCACACUAUUACGCAGCCUCUCUCAUAUUCACUAGCACCAAGUCAGAGCUGCAGAUGUCCAAGACCAAGAGCUUCUUCAACCACCUGGCCUUUGGCCUGGAGAGAGGAAAGUCUGUGUCAUUUGACAGCAGCAAGCCCCUGGUCAUUCCCUCGGGCUCAGACUCCUUCAUCCAGAUAGGCUCCCCUCCUACUAGUGAUGUGGAUAUUGGUUCUCUGCAUGCUAAAAGCCCCUUGGACCUCUGGAAGAAGGUCUAUGAGAGUGUGUUCCCUCCAGAGAGUAUCAGUGAGAAUAAGGAGCUGAAAGAUCCAGCCAAGGACCCCCAGUACAGUGAGCCCCAGGUUGACUCCAUGAGGGCCCAGAAGGACCAGGAGUUGCAGCAGUACAGAAGAAAUGCUGCAAAGUCAUGGAAAGAACUGGAACUGGAUACCUAGUAACACACACACCAACACACACACACUGAUUAUUUCCUAGAUUAUAUAUAGAAAGAGCAUAUCAUUUAUAUUUAUACAUGUACCUAAUUUUGUCAACAAUGUAUUUAGAUGUUAUUGAAAAUAAAGAAUCUUAAAUAACUAUUUAUUGCAUAUGUAAUACCUGAUACUCAACAUCAUAAGGACCCUUUAAAAUUGGUUUGAUUGAAAAUAAUAUAACCUUUAAAGCUGGAUUAAAAAAUAUAUAUAUUUGUUUUUGAUUAAAUAUGAAACAGUUUAAAGUUGACAAAGUUAUUUUAAUCCAUUUUAUGAUACUUUGUCAGCAUAUAGGUCAUCUGGCAGGUAAUCGAUUCCAUCAAUCCAUCCAAUCACUUUUCAGGUGCAAAGUGCAAUGAUCAUUGGUUUCAAUGUAAAUUGGUUUGGACAUAGCCUGUCUUUUAACAGUAUAGAUAUAUAUUUUUUAAAUAUAUCCUUCAAGCAUCCACAUACUGUAGUUCGUGGCUAGUACACAAAUACACAUUUAUGUCAUAAAGAUACAAUCAAUAAUGAUGACAAAAUAAACUGUGAAGCACAAAUACCAUAAAUUAAUUGCCACAGUCCCUUAAUAAAAUCUACUAAAACUAUUGGGUGCCAGCAUCGAUUGACUCCAUCUGGACCAAUCGGAAUCACCGACAUGUGCUUUG